GUGUUCAGUGCAGUUGAAGUCUUGAAAAUCUGAGACCUAUUCUUGCUGCUGGUUUAACUCUUCUACAAUGUGGCUUUUUAAUUUUUUGUUGGGUUUUGACCUCAAGGGGCUUUUCCUGUUUAUUGUUAUUUUCAUCCUUAUUGCAGACUACCUAAAAUACAGGAAUCCUACAAAUUAUCCUCCAGGACCGUUGUCUCUUCCUUUUGUGGGGAAUGUCUUCAGUGUGGACAAUAAACAUCCACACAUUUAUUUUACCAAGCUGGCUGAUGUCUAUGGUAAUGUGUUCAGCGUCCGCCUCGGUGGCGACAAGAUGGUGUUUGUGUCUGGGUUCAAGAUGGUGAAGGAAGCCAUAGUGACACAAGCUGAAAACUUUGUGGAUCGACCUUGCAGUGCAGUUGCCGACAGGGUUUACUCAGGAAACACAGGUGGUCUGUUCAUUAGCAAUGGUGAAACAUGGAAGAGACAGCGACGCUUUGCUUUAUCUACCUUACGUACCUUCGGCCUGGGCAAAAACACCAUGGAGCAGAGUAUCUGUGAGGAGAUCCGACACCUGCAGGAGGAGAUAGUGAAGGAGAAAGGUGAACCUUUAAACCCAGCAGAAUUCUUCAACAAUGCCGUGUCCAACAUCAUUUGCCAGCUGGUGAUGGGGAAACGGUUUGACUACAGCGACCACCACUUCCAGACCAUGCUGAAGUAUUUAUCUGAAGCUAUUAUGCUGGAAGGCACUGUAUGGGGUAUGCUAUACGAGUCAUUCCCUGGAGUGAUGAAGCACUUGCCAGGUCCUCACAACAAAAUGUUCAGCCACUACAACACUCUCCUAGAUUUCAUUGGCCAGGAGGUAAAGAGCCACAAGAAAGACCUGGACCCCAGCAACCCCCGGGACUACAUUGACGCUUUCAUCAUUGAAAUGGAGAAUAACAAAGAGUCUGACCUGGGUUUCACAGAAAACAACCUGGCUCUAUGCUCUCUGGAUCUAUUCCUUGCUGGAACAGAGACAACCUCCACCACUUUGUUGUGGGCUUUGGUUUAUCUCAUUAAAAAUCCUGAUAUCAAAGAAAAAGUCCAGGCAGAGAUAGACAGAGUGAUUGGACAGAGUCGACUGCCCAUGAUGGCAGACAGAGCCAACCUGCCCUACACUGAUGCUGUCAUCCAUGAGAUCCAGAGGAUGGGAAACAUUAUUCCUCUCAAUGGACUCAGAAUGGCCACCAAGGAUACAACACUGGGGGGUUAUUUCAUACCCAAGGGCACAACUUUGAUGCCCAUGCUGACCUCUGUGAUGUUUGACAAGACUAAAUGGGAGACUCCAGACACCUUCAACCCCGGACAUUUCCUAGAUGCUGAGGGAAAGUUUGUGAAGAGAGAAGCUCUUCUGCCUUUCUCUGCAGGGAAACGUGUGUGUCCUGGAGAAGGUCUCGCCAAGAUGGAGCUGUUCCUGUUUUUGGUUGGUUUACUACAGAAAUUCGAUUUCUCUGCUCCACAUGGAGUAGAGUUGAGUACAGAAGGAAUUACUGGUUUCACGCGUGUACCACACCCCUUCAAGGUUCAUGCCAAGGCUCGCUGAACAUCUCACUGAACCAUUUUUCAUCUAAGCAAUAUGUAACACACAAGAGUAGGCAAAAGUCUUUUGGAGAGAAAGCUGUAGUUUUUAAUCUCAGCCUUUCACUGUUGUAUAAUUGCCUUGUGUACAGAUGGCUUGUUUAUGAUCCCUGCUUGUAUAUUAAAUUCUUUGUAAUAAAAUAUUAUUUCAGAAUGGAACUGAGUAGGGCACAUAUCUUGACAGUAAUGAUCAGUUAUAUUAUGUAUAAUACAACAGUUAGUUAGUUGAGAUCUUCAAUAAACAAUUUCAACAACUGUUAAUGACUUAAA